UUUCUGGGGUACUCUGUCACUCUCUCUCCCCCUUUCUCUCCUCCCCAUCGUCCUGAAGUCAUGUUCAGCACUGCCGCUGUCCUCAACCAUCUCCAUGGCAAUAUUCAUGUGAUUUCAUAGAACGGAAGAUGCUUCAGCUGGAAGGGACUUUGGAGAUCAGCUCCUCCUGCCCCCUCAUUUCACGGAGAGGAGAGCAGGCCCAGAGAGGAAACACCACAUGCCCAGGGACACACAGCAAGCCAGGGACCCUGCCAGGCCUCUGCCCUUCUGGCACCAUUCCCACCCAAGAGUGUUUGGCACUCUGGAGCAAGCCAAGAAGUACAUGCUGGAUGACUACUCAGUCAGGUCACCCUGGAGGACAUCUUCCUGAGCUUCGCCUGCCCUGUGCCCCUGGUCCAAAGUGAAGGCCAACGAGAGCAGGCAGAGCAUUCGGGCCCCUCAUCGUGCUCCCUGCCUCCCUCAGAGCCUGUCCUGCUGUAAUAAACACAUCCCAGUGCCAGGUUGGCCCAGGUAUGCAUGGCCUGCCCUGAGCUUCCAGGGCUGCAGAGGCGGCUCUCAGCCCAGCUGGCUCGGCACAGGGCUCUCCCCUCAACUGCAGUGCAUAGAGCAGAAUGGGGCCCACUGGGGAACUUGAGAGGCCCCCUGGAGAACCCAGGAGCGUUUCAGUAGAAAGUGAUGCCCGCGUCCCACCCGAGUAGCCUGUGGUCUUCCUGAGACCUGGCUGUGGAAGCAGCCUCAAAACAUCUUUCCAAGGGUGGCCGCCAGGGGGUGACCACAGCACUAACCAUGUCCCGACCAGGUGCCAGCUCUAUGGUUGGUCCCCUGCAGGCAUUAUGUCAUUUGAUCACACCACCCUCAGGCCCAGCCUCAAGGGGCCUGUCCUGGCCGUGCCCUUGCUCAUGGGCAAGAAGUCUGCAGGACAGAGGGAAAUGCUCACCCAAAGCUUCCGCUCUUCCUUCUCUAGAAUCCCCUGCCCAGAUCGUUUGUCCAUCAGUGCAUUCCCUCCCAGGGCAGGGCAGGGCAGGCCAUGCCAGCCUGAGACUCAAGGUGCAGCAAAGCAGCAGCUCUGCAGAACUGUGGGUGGCGUUUGGGGGUUCCACACAUGUGCACAGAUCCCUUGGAAAGCAGGAUAGAGCCAGAAAGAGAGAAGGGUAUCCGCAGGCCAGGGUGGGCCUGGCUCCCGUGGCCACAUGCAAGAGUGGAGCUUCACAGAGACCAUGAUUCUCAACUCACAGCUGGCCUCCAGGUGGUAAUGACACUGUUCGUCUGAAGGAAGGAUGAAAGGAACAUUGACAGGUUUGCUAGCCUAAGUCAGGAUGUUGUGGCAUUUAGAUAUUUGGAUAUGUGGAGUUUCAUCCUCUUCCCUGGCUCCUGCAAAGUCAGGGCUACCUGUGGUCCUAUACCCACCCAUGAAGUGGACAGCACCCCACCUCCCACAUGGGUUGACUGGUCUAGAGGCAGCCAGCAACUUCCCACAUCAACAGGCAGGGGAGCCAGGGUUACAGUGGGGCAGAGGUUCUCCCAGUGGGGUCCCAGCAGCAGCAGCACCAUUGGGAAACUUGUUAGAAAUGUAGGCUUGGGCCAACAUUUCUACUGAAUCAGAAAUGCCUGGGGCAGGGCCAGCAAUCCAUGUUGCAACGAGCCCUAUAGCAGGUGCUCUGACACGGUUCCAGUGCGAGAACCACUGAGCAGAGGCCCCGUAGGCACCAACCAUCGCACCAUCCAGAUGCAGACGGAUGUGGCCACAUGCCUUUGUCGUGGACACUCUCCUCUCUGAGUCCAUCAGUGGCCUUUCUCUCUCUAUGGAGCUCACUCUGUCCCUUGCCACAGGCCCCUAAGCUCCCCUCUGGGAAGUGCAGAUGCAGGACUCACCAAAGUGUGGGGCACCGGCCUUGCCUAUGCUUGCCCAGAACAAUGGCAAAGCACACCCGUGGUCGCCAACCCACCCUCUUCUCAGCGCGUUUCAGGUGACUGCUCCCUGUGAUGAAGGCCACUCCCUGGGCCUCUGCUCCCACAUCCAGCUCAUUCCUCCCAUGCCACUCUCUGCCUCCACUGAAGGCCCAUCCUCCUCUCUAAAUGUGGGAUGGCUCAGGCUCCCAACUACUUCACGUUCCCUUACUCUCCCCCUGCCCCUCACCACCCAUGACAUUUUCAACUGACACCUCUUUCCACCAGGAAUUUCCCUGAGCUCCUAAUGGUUUGGACUUUUCCAACAAGGCCUCACCUUGGAUGUGUGGACUUUCAUCCUUUGCUGGAAUGCCCUGCCCAGAUCGUUUGUCCAUCCAGUGCACCCCUCGCCCCACAGCAGGCCAUGCCACCCAACGCACCCUGAGACAUGAGGUGGACACACACGGCCCGGCCUCCAAGUCUGUGGAUUCUCUCCAGGGCUGACCCUUCUAAUUUGGACUUGAAAACAAGACUCUUCAAGCCCACAGAUCCUUAUUGAUCAUUUCUAAAGCCCAGUGGGAAACGGGCUGACCCCCUGGAGGGGCCACUCAUCACCCCAGCGCAGCCCUGGAGGCUCUGGCUGCCAGCGCAGUGGGUGGAAUGGGCCAGGCGUGGCUGGAGCCAAGACAACUCCUGCUCCCUGAAAAAGAGAUUUGCCUCUCAAUAUGGACAGGAGAGUGAUCAGGACACAAAGCACAGGAUAGUCAAACAACACAGGGAGCAGGGAUGCUGGUCUAGGUCCUAGAGGCAGCCGGUGUCACCAGUGUGCUCAUGGCUGGCUCUGGAUUAAUCCCUUCAAGAAGCUAACCCCGAAAGUGCACCUCUGCCCUAGGGGGACACAGGUUACGGUGACAAAGAAGGAACACUAAUCCAGGGGGACAAAAGUGAGAUGAUGGGAUAAGAAAUCUGGGGGCUCAGAACAUGGGAUAUCUGGGGAGCAGGCCCCAAACUCGCUCAGCCUGUCCUCGCUUCACCCUCCUUCACCAGCUUCCAGAUUCCAGGGCCUCUCGGGGGCCAGGAACUCUUCUGUGCCCCGUGCUGUGAUCACCUGUGUACUCUGUCUCUAGCUCCAGGCUGGCUGACGCCUGCAUGCCAGAGCUCCUGUCUGUGUGCCCAGGGCAGGCCCAGUACCUUUAGGGGUUUGGUGAUCACGAGGGCUGUGGGCACUCAGAAGGAUGGGAGGGUGCAGACUGAGGGAAGCGUGAGGGAGGGGUGGGCAGCCUUGGCCCAGGCCCCCGCCUCCACCAGACACUCGGGAGGAUGCGUGUUCCCUUGACAGCCUGUGCCGUGAAAGGGGUGGGGUGAGGAUGAUUCCCGAAGGACAGCUCGGAUGCGCUCUGCCCGAGACAAGAGUGGGCAGAUCCCGAGCGGCGCCGAGGAGGCGAGACGGGUCAGCAACCGGUCAGAGCGGUGAGGAGGGCUUGCCCCGGUCCUGGGGCACUGAGGCGUCCAGGGUGCGCCACGUCUCGCGGGAAGAAGGGGUCCGCGUUCCGGAGGGUGGGCCGGGGAGACUUCCAGCUUUCCGUGCCACGAUCUGGGCCGGCAUCCCCGCCCAGGAGCGCUCGGCCACAAACCCGAGGGUCUCCACCUGAAGCGGGCGGCUGAAAGGAAGACCGUGCAGGCCAGGGGCGAGGGUCGCGGGCGCAGGACCGACCCCGGGACCGGGGCAGGGCACCGCCUCGUCCUAGAAGCGCCACGUCGGGGCUCUCGCAGGUCGGGUCACGGCGGCGACUGCGAGGGGCGCCAAGGAGUCCCCCUUUCCCCUGGCCGCCGGCACGCGUCUUCGCAGCGUAUGUGGCAUCGCGGGUGCCAGUCGCCGGAGUCAGCCGCACAGCCCGGACUCACGCAGGCGGGAAAGAACGGAGCCAAACGCUCGCCCGCCCGGCCCGGGAGCUGCUCAGGGACUCACUUCCCCGCUGGGGAGGCGGGGCGGCCACGCGGGCUCCACCAAUCAGCGGCCAAGUGGUCCACUGUAGGUGUGCCAAGUGUUUCUGUUAUCCUACAAAGCGAAGAGUAAGAAGGAGGCCCCGAAACCUGACCAUCUUGAGUCUCCCCGAAGAUGUGCUGUUUCACAUCCUGAAGUGGCUUUCUGUGGAAGACAUCCUGGCAGUCCGAGCUGUGCACUCCCAGCUGAAGGACCUGGUAGACAACCAUGCCAGCGUGUGGGCAUGUGCCAGCUUCCAGGAGCUGUGGCCAUCUCCAGGGAAUCUGAAGCUCUUUGAAAGGGCUGCUGAAAAGGGGAAUUUCGAAGCUGCUGUGAAGCUGGGCAUAGCGUACCUCUACAAUGAAGGCCUGUCUGUGUCUGAUGAGGCCCGUGCGGAAGUGAAUGGCCUGAAGGCCUCUCACUUCUUCAGUCUCACGGAGCGGCUGAACGCUGGUGCCGUGCCCUUCAUCUGGCUGUUCAUCCGCCCUCCGUGGUCGGUGAGUGGAAGCUGCUGCAAGGCCGUGGUUCACGAGAGCCUCAGGGCAGAGUCCCAACUGCAGAGGACUCACAAAGCAUCCAUACUGCACUGCUUGGGCAGAGUGCUGAGUCUGUUCGAGGAUGAAGAAAAGCAGCAGCAGGCUCGGGACCUGUUUGAAGAGGCUGCUCGUCAGGGAUGUCUGAGCAGCGCAUACCUCCUCUGGGAAAGCGACAGGAGGACAGAUAUGUCAGAUCCUGGGCGAAGUCUCCACAGCUUCCGAAAACUCAGGGACUACGCUGCCAAGGGCUGCUGGGAAGCGCAGCUGUCUUUAGCCAAAGCCUGUGCAAAUGGAAACCAGCUUGGACUGGAGGUGAGAGCUUCCAGUGAGAUCGUCUGCCAGCUGUUUCAGGCCUCCCAGGCUGUCAGUAAGCAGCAAGUCUUCUCCGUGCAGAAGGGACUCAACGACACAAUGAGGUACAUUCUGAUCGACUGGCUGGUGGAAGUCGCCACCAUGAAGGACUUCACGAGCCUGUGCCUGCACCUGACCGUGGAGUGUGUGGACCGCUACCUUCGGAGGAGGCUGGUGCCGCGAUACACGCUGCAGCUGCUGGGCAUUGCCUGUAUGGUCAUCUGCACCCGGUUCAUCAGUAAAGAGAUCCUGACAAUCCGGGAGGCUGUGUGGCUCACGGAUAACACGUACAAGUACGAGGACCUAGUGAGAAUGAUGGGCGAGAUCGUCUCCGCCCUGGAAGGGAAGAUUCGAGUCCCCACUGUGGUGGAUUACAAGGAGGUCCUGCUGACGCUAGUCCCUGUGGAGCCGAGAACCCAGCACCUGUGCAGCUUCCUCUGUGAGCUCUCCCUGCUGCACACCAGCCUGUCUGCCUACGCCCCGGCCCGCCUGGCCGCCGCAGCCUUGCUCCUGGCCAGGCUGACACACAGGCAGACACAGCCCUGGACCACUCAGCUGUGGGACCUCACCGGAUUCUCCUCUGAGGACCUCAUUCCCUGCGUCUUGAGCCUUCAUAGGAAGUGCUUCCACGAUGACGCCCCCAAGGAUUACAGGCAAGUCUCUCUGACCGCCGUGAAGCAGCGAUUUGAGGACAAGCGCUAUGGAGAAAUCAGCCAGGAAGAGGUGCUAAGCUACAGCCAGUUGUGUGCGGCAUUAGGGGUGACACAAGACAGUCCCGACCCCCCAACCUUCCUCAGCACAGGAGAGAUCCACGCCUUCCUCAGCUCUCCCUCGGGACGGAGAAGCAAACGGAAGCGGGAGAAUAGCUUCCAGGAGGACAGGGGCAGCUUCGUCACCACCCCUACUGCGGAGCUGUCCAGCCAGGAGGAGACGCUGCUGGGCAGCUUCCUCGACUGGAGCCUGGACUGCUGCUCCGGCUAUGAAGGUGACCAGGAGAGUGAGGGCGAGAAGGAGGGCGAUGUGACAGCUCCCAGUGGCGUCCUCGAUGUCACCGUGGUCUACCUGAACCCAGAACAGCAUUGCUGCCAGGAAUCCAGUGAUGAGGAGGCUUGCCCAGAGGACGAGGGUCCCCAGGACCCACAGGUGUCGGUGCUGGACACCCAGAUCCCUGCAGUCCCAGGACCCGACUCCCCGCUCUGCACCAGCCAGCAGCCAGGAAAGGACAUCACGACCUCAGGGUACUCCUCUGUCAGCACCGCAAGUCCCACAGGCUCUGUGGAUGGCAGCUUGGGGGUCCUGCCCCGAUCUACCUCAGUGCUGUCUCUGGACGGUGACUUGCGCACACAGCCCUACCACCAUCAGGCCAGGAAGCCAUGUUUACAGUGUCGUCCCCCAAGUCCCCCGGAGGGCAGUGUUCCCCAGCAACAGGUGAAGUGGAAAAAUCUGUGUGUGCACAGUGAGGAGGAGGGCAUGAACUGGAGCUUGUGAGGCUG